AUGAAGCUGCAGCAGGCGCUGGUGCUCGUCCAGUUCAUGCGCCAGUACGACGAGGUCAUGUUCUGGAUUCACGACAAGGAGGCGUUCGUCACGUCCGACGACUUCGGCACGGACCUGGAGCACGUGGAGGUGCUGCAGCGCAAGUUUGACGAGUUCCAGAAGGACCUGACGUCCCAGGAGUACCGGGUCACUGAGGUCACCCAGCUGGCUGACAAACUGAUCGCGGACCAGCACCCCGACCACGAGACGAUCCAGACACGCCGCGAGGAGAUGAUCGAGUCGUGGGCCCGCCUCAAGUCGCUGGCGCUGCAGCGUCAGGAGAAGCUGUUCGGCGCGCACGAGAUCCAGCGCUUCAACCGCGACGCCAACGAGGCCAUCUCGUGGAUCAACGAGAAGACCUGA